UAUGUACAUUCAAGAUGGCGCUCUCCAUGUUUCCACGAUGGCAUUGCAGAUGUUGAAAUUUCAACCGUAUUCCGUUAUAUUCUCUGUCAUCUUAGUUGUUAACUGAUUGUUAUAUUUAAAGACAAACAUGGGUAUCUUAGAAAAAAUCGGAGAGAUAGAGCGGGAGAUAUCCCGUACCCAGAAAAACAAAGCGACUGAGUACCAUCUUGGUUUGCUGAAAGCAAAAUUGGCGAAGUACAGACAACAACUGAUAGAGCCGACUGGGAAGCCUGGAGCAAAGGGAGAAGGGUUUGAUGUUAUGAAAUCAGGAGAUGCCAGGGUAGCACUCAUCGGAUUCCCCUCAGUUGGAAAGUCUACACUACUGAACACGCUGACAGCAACACACAGCGAGUCUGCUAACUACGAAUUUACCACGCUUACCUGUAUACCAGGUGUCAUAGAGUACAAUGGUGCUAACAUUCAGCUGCUUGAUUUACCUGGUAUCAUAGAGGGAGCUGCCGCAGGUAAGGGUCGAGGUCGUCAAGUAAUCGCCGUCGCCAGAACAGCUGAUGUCGUCAUCAUGAUGUUGGAUGCCACAAAAAAGGAAAUUCAGAGAGAACUUCUGACAAAAGAGUUGGAGAGUGUGGGUAUACGGCUAAAUAAACAGAAACCAAACAUCUAUUUCAAGCAAAAGAAAGGAGGAGGAAUAUCAUUCAACUCGACGUUACCCCUGACGAAAUGCAACGAAAAGUUGGUUCAGAUGAUUCUACACGAAUGGAAAAUAUUCAAUGCCGAAGUUUUAUUCCGAGAAGAUUGCACGUCGGACGACUUCGUGGAUGUCAUUCUCGGAAGCAGAGUUUACUUAGAAUGUAUCUAUGUUUAUAACAAGAUUGAUCAGAUUUCUAUAGAAGAAGUUGACAGAUUAGCUAGAAUGCCCGAUACUGUUGUUGUGAGUUGCAAUGUGAAGUUGAACCUUGAUUACUUACUGGAGACAGUCUGGGAAUACCUGGCCUUGGUGCGAGUAUACACAAAGAAACGAGGGGAGAGACCCGAUUUCGAUGGAGGACUUAUCCUGAGGCGGGGCUGUACGGUGGAACAUGUGUGCCAUUUGAUACACAGGACGAUUGUAAACACAUUCAAGUACGCUUUAGUCUGGGGAACAAGUGUGAAAUACAGCCCACAGCGUGUUGGCCUAAACCAUCUGAUGAACCACGAUGACGUCAUCCAGAUUGUGAAAAAAAUGAGGGCAAAUUUAUCAGUGAAUAUGCAAUAUAUAAUGGUGACCACUGUGGGCGACAAAAGACUGAAUCCAGUCGCGGUGCUGCUCGUCACGUCUGGCACACGGGGUGACAGACUUCUAUACAAGUAUCCUAUAGAACCAGACGUGCCGGUUGUCGGGGAUAAGUUGAAACCCUAUACAGCCAGGAGUCCUUAUGCAGUAAAGAUAAGUGAAGACCUUCAAGCAUGCAAAAACCAAAGACAGAGUAGCAGAAAACAUACUAACACACUGGACAGCAUCAGAUUCAGUGACCAGAUACUUGCCAACCUGCUAGCGGUCAAGUCCGACCUCUGUAGCAAGAGGUUCAAUGUUAAAGUGGACGACAUACAUUUCAUUGGCUAUCCCAUGAUGUUUGACCCCUGUACAAGUCAGGCUGCGGGCAAAUCCUCUCAUCAGAUCAUAUCUUUCACCAUAAUACUAGCCCUCAAGGCACACCUAAGUUUGUCUGUGAUAAACUGUUACCAUGACUUAAUGAAGCAGUUGACUGUAGCUGUACACUACGAGGAGCGGAGGAGGCACUACCUAUCCCAGCAGGCAAAGAUCAUGCUCGGCGUUCACGAUGAGGUGGCCGCCAUGCCUGAGGAAGAUUCAAACGAGUCUCCGUUUUCAAUGAUACUGAAGAGGAGUUCACUUGCCGAAGAUCUUAAAUCCAUGUUUGAAAGUUUGUGUGAUAAUGGCGUCGUCAAGUUACUGGUCAACAACUUCAUCCUGGUAAGCUUUUGUCUCCCACACAAGAUUCACAGACAGCCCUGGGCUUCCAGAAACCUUUAUAUUGAGCCAGGCAGAAUUCAGAGGUGUUUGGAGAGGUUAAGACCUUACCACGGAAUCCUGUUGCUGACGGACAAACAUAGUCUGCAGGAGUUCCUUCCCCUGGAUGGAACACAGUCCCUCAACAGACUGAUCACCGUCACCAACCCCCUUAAGAGUCUACAGACCCUAGCCUUGGAGGCUGACCUCAACCUCUCUCAGGUGUUCCAGAUGGUGAGUCACCUGGUGUACUGGGCCAAGGCGACGGUCAUCUUCCCUGUGUGUGGUACAAAUGUCUACGUUCUAUCUCCAACAGUGGUAUUAAAUUCAGGUUUGAAUGAAAAAUUUGCUGCAACAUUUCAAGAGAAAUCACUGUCGGUAGAAUUGUCCAAGUUCUCCUAUCCAGUGCAACUGCGAGAUACUAGGGAUAUUUUGGAUCAUCCAAAAAAUCAGGAAGAGAAGGUACAGAUAGUACUGUGGCUGCUGCAGCACCGACUGAUCUUCCAGCAGCACACCUACAUCUUCUUCGUGCCACCGUUAUCCAGGAGAAAGAAGAAGACGUCGGAGGAUGUGAGCCGGAUCAUGCCUAUACUACCGGAGGAUGAGAGUUUGGCUUUCGAAAAUCGGACUGAAAUGCAACGAGCGUCCAGUAUAUCCGACGUGGCAUCAGUAAACAGUGAUGAAAGUGUCAGCAUAGGAUCAAACUCUAUCAAUGCGAUGUUUUCUAAGUCGCCUUCGUCAGAAAUAGCCAGUGAUAGUUCGCAGGUAUCGGAGGACAUGAGGGCAGGCAAUAGAUUCAACCAAGACGGCUUGUCUCACUUAUCAAAGGAGGAGAGAGAGUGUGUUCUAAAUGUUCCUGCUGCCAAAAGUCCAGAGGAUUUGAAACUCUUUUCAAGGUUGUGCUCAUACUUCAAUGGAAAACAUCAUAUAGAAGAAAUCAUGUACUACGAGAAUCUCCAUAGAGCCCACUUGGUGACUUUACUGGACAAAUUUAGGGACGUUCUCAUCAUGUGUCAGUACCAGGACCCGGCCACAGCACUUGGCAUCAGAUGAUGUUCAUAAGACUAGAUUUCAAAUUGUUUGUGCAAUGUUAACAUGUGUUUGCUGGUGUACUUAUUGUUUAGAUGAAUGUCACUAGUAAUAAAAAUUGAAUUUU